AUGUGAAUGAGCAGAAUAGUCACCUGUUUUAAAAUGAGAAUGUAGUGUCCUUAAGCAAGAAAGGGAAGCAUCACAUUUGUGGUCAUUGUACAAAGGCAUUAAGGGAAUAAUUAAUGAGGAGAUAUACUUAAUAUGAAUUUAUUCUCAAAGCUUUGUUUUGGACACGAUAAAUUAUGUAUCACACGAUUAGACAUCAAACGAAGCAAUUAUUUCAUAUUCAUAGACUCCUUAAUGGACGAAGAGGAUCAAUACGUACAUGUCAAGGACAUAUAACACAAUAUCUGGGUAGCAAGCAUUCAAUAUUAGCAUAAUACAUAUCAAUCUUAAGUUAUAGAACUAAUGAGUAAACCAACAUGAUCAAACAGAAAUGAAAGGGAUAAGAAAUUUACCGCACAGUAUUGUGAGGAGACCUUCUGUAUGUUAGUGGAAUGGUUAUAUGUUUAUAAAAACACAAAUGGAAGUACAGGUGAAAGUGUGUUUAUAGAGGGGCUUGGAAAUGUCAGUUUACAAGCAUCAAGGGGAAGUUGAAACUCCAUAUAGAAAUUUCUUCAAAUAAAUUAAUACGAAAAAGGAUACAAUACUUCAGUUAUUAUUGGUUUUUGGGAUGCAGUGUAUCUCAUAUCAUUGAUGUGUUUGAGAGCAAAGGGUAGAUGAAUACAAAUGAGAUGUGACCUCUGCCUAGGUUAGGUAAAUCACUUUACAGGAGUAGGUCUGGAAGGACACUAGCUUCAUAACGAUGAUAGGUGAUUGAGAAGUAUCCUCUCACAGAAGAAUGUAUAUGCAGUUCUUACACACAAACGAAACUGGUGUAACUGUAGUUCCCAUUCACGAAUAAUUCUCCAAAUGGACAGAGUACGAAUAGACUUAACUGGGUAAUGGUGAUUUACAACAGAAGCAUUUCCAUACAUGCUUGACAUAAUAGAUGUCCAACAUUCACAGUUGGCAAUGGCAGGUUAUGCUUACCUUGCAUCAUGUAGUUCCUUGAGUGUGACAGAACCAAGUGUAUCAAGGACAUUCAAACGUAAAGUGGAAAAGUAAAAUGAACUUGUUAAUUUAUCUUCAAAUGUGUUCUCAAAGGUAUGGCAACAACAGUACAGUAACCUACAGAUUGAAAAAAAAAGGGGAAAUGGUACUCAUUGACUGUUUAAGAAUAUAACAAUAAAGGAAUAUAAGCAGAGGCUCUCCACAAAUUUCGCAAUAAUGUUAUGCAUUAAGUAUGGUAUAAAAACGCAAGGAAAUCAGAGUUUAAACCUAACGUGGUCAAUACAGAUAAAAUACCUACAUAAUUAGGACUUAUAAAUUAUAGGACCAAGAUAAUGAAAGAUGUAUUGUUAAAGGGGGCCCAGGAAAUGACCUGGGGGAGUCUCUGCAGACACCAUGAGACUCUGGCAUAAAAUGGGGGUGAUGCGCGAUUCCAAAAACUCAGUAAGAGAGUUCUCACAGCCUCUGCACCUCAAUUCUCCAACUUCCUACCUACACAUGGUGCCCCUGUUAAGGCGAGCAAUUCAGCGAAAGGUUGGGUAACCAACCCCAGCGGGAAACUGAGUCGGUGAGCAGAUAGGAGUGGGAGGACAGUGGAAGGCAACGGGAAACCACCACUGAACUAUCCCAAGAAAACCCCAUGGCUUCGCUCAGCUCAAAAUGUUCCAGAGUUUCAAGUUCCCCAAUCGGAUCUCCAGGGGGAACCAGGUUGAGAGGAGCUUCACGAAGAGUAAGAUGGUGCAAAGAGAAGCACUGCAUAGGAACAUGGAAUGUAAGAUCCAUGUAUCAAGGAAAACAAGACAUAGUGAAAAGAGAAAUGGAGAAAAUUAACAUCGACAUAUUGAGAAUAAGUGAAAUGAGGUGGACUGACAUGGGAGAAUUUGCUUCGGAUGGCCAUACGGUGUAUUAUUCUGGGCACGAUAACAACAUAAGUAAUGGAGUAGCCUUCAUAGUUAGUGAUAAAGUGAGAAAAGCUGUAAUAGGAUGCAAAUAUAAAAAUGAUAGAAUGAUGUCCAUCAGACUUCAAGGUCAGCCCCUCAACAUCACAGUAAUUCAAGUUUAUGCGCCAACAACUGAUGCUGAAAAGGAAAUUAUUGACCAAUUCUAUGAAGAUUUACAAGAAUUACUACUGUCAACACCAAAAAAGGAUAUCGUCUUCAUAGUUGAAGAUUGGAAUGCAAAAGUGGGAAAUCAAGCUGUAGAAGGUAUAACAGGGAAAUAUGGUCUUGGUACAACAAAUGGAGCAGGACAGAUACUCCUAGAAUUCUGCCAGAAAAUUCAUUGAUAAUUACUAAUACACUGUUUCAACUACCAAAACGUCGCCUAUAU